UCACCUGCUACUCUUCAGAAAAAUGUAGAUGAAGAAUCGAACUUAAUCACGAGAAGUUUCCAUGGACAAGUUCCAGGGUCGAAACAAAGCGGAAUAACUGGUCUACGGUUGAGCGAUGACCGAUCAACGGUAUCAUGGAGAAGCACCUCCAACUUGAGGAUCUCUCCGCAUAUCUAUCCUUCCCAUCUAAAACUCUUCAUCCGUAGUCACGCCGAUGCGGCACUCCACUGACCAAUAGAUGCCAACCGGGUAGUCAGGUCACUGGGACUAAUCAACACGAGAUGUUAAAUACAAAAGAUCCGGGAAACCGCCUUUCGACGGGGUCGGGCCAUGGCCGUAUCUUGCCAUAGCGCGGUCCACGACGCGUUAUAAGAAUCUGACAGUCCUCACAUUUCUUCAUUUCAUCAUCAUUUACUCUUAAUAGACUUAGCUUCUAAGACUUACUAUUAAUCGAAUACUAUUCUGACAUACAAAUGAAAACAUGGCGACAGAUGUUCAGACUCCAAAGAUCAAGCUGGCAAAUGGCGUCGAAAUGCCACAAGUAGGGUUGGGCAUGUGGAAGAUGGACAACGAUACGUGCGCGGACGUGGUAUACCGAGCUAUAAAGGAUGGAUACAGGCUAUUCGACGGCGCGUGUGACUACGGCAAUGAGAAAGAAGGCGGCGAAGGCGUCACCCGCGCCAUCAAAGACGGCCUCGUCAAGCGUGAGGAACUUUUUAUCAUCAGCAAGCUCUGGAACUCCUUCCACGACCCAGAGCAGGUCGAACCCAUCGUCCGCAAGCAACUCGCCGACUGGGGCGUUGGUUACUUCGACCUCUACUACAUCCACUUCCCGGUUUCGCUGAAGUAUGUGGACCCUAGCGUACGGUACCCGCCGGGCUGGUUCUUCGACGACGCAGGCACCAAAGUCGAGCACGGCAAGGCGAGCCUGCAGAGCACGUGGCAAGCCAUGGAGGCACUCAUUCCGGCAGGCCUGGCGAAGAACAUUGGCGUGAGCAACUACACCGGCGCACUUCUACUCGAUCUUUUCACGUAUGCGAAAAUCAAGCCGGCUGUUGUGCAGGUUGAGCAUCACCCGUACCUAUUACAGCAGUCCCUCCUGGACCUCUGCAAGAGCCACGGGAUUGCGGUGACGGGGUAUUCGUCAUUUGGUCCGCAGUCCUUCCGCGACUGUGAUAUGGAGCUCGCGCAGUCAAUUGAGCUACUGUUUGACCACCCCGUCAUUACUAAGAUUGCAAAUCGGCAUCGGAAGACGGCAGCGCAGGUGCUGUUGAGGUGGAGCACGCAAAGGGGGAUUGCAGUGAUUCCGAAGAGCAACACACAGGAUCGGUUGUUGGAGAAUUUAGAUGUGACGAGCUUUGAUUUGAGUGAGGAGGAGAUCAAGCAGAUCAGUGGCUUGGAUAGAGGAUUCAGGUUCAAUAACCCGCUAAACUACGGUAUUCCCGUAUACAACUUUGCUUAGGCCGAUAAAUGGACGCUUCGGGGAGAACGGAAACACAUUUUCUUAUUUUGAUGGAG